UUAUAUAAUAUAUUAUAUCUGAUUCUUUUCUCUCUUUCCUUUCUUAUUCUCUCUCUUCUGUCUUCUUCACUCUUGUUUGUUCUCUCCUCUUCAGACCCAAAACCAUGGUGGACAUGAACGCCAUCACCAAGCCACCAUGGCCGGACCCACUGUCACAGGCCCCCCCGCAAGCCACCGUCAAGGCCACCUGACCAAGCCUCUCUCUUCUCUCUCUCGCCAUCGCUGCCAACACCAAGCUUCUCGUCUUCUCUGAGUUCUGGGUUGGGGUUUUUUUUUUUGGCUGUGACCGGUGCUUAAAGGAAUUGGGAACAGAAGCAAGGUACUAGCAUUCAACAGGAAAGGAUAGAAUAGAAUCAUUAUAAAUGGCUGCUGAAGCUGCCACCAUUCCUCUUCUUACUCCUUACAAACUGGGCAAGUUCAACCUUUCCCGUAGGGUUGUUUUGGCACCAUUGACCAGACAGAGAUCUUAUGGCAAUGUUCCUCAGCCACAUGCUAUCUUAUAUUAUUCUCAAAGAACCUCCAAAGGUGGUCUACUAAUAACUGAAGCCACUGGAGUUUCUGACACUGCUCAAGGGUAUCCAGACACACCUGGUAUAUGGACAAAAGAGCAAGUUGAAGCAUGGAAACCCAUCGUAGAUGCUGUUCAUGCCAAAGGUGGAGUUUUCUUUUGUCAAAUUUGGCAUGUGGGGAGGGUUUCAAGUCAAGGUUUUCAGCCAAAUGGUCAAGCCCCAAUUUCUUCCUCUAACAGGCCUUUGACCCCUCAAAUUAAAGCUAAUGGAAUUGACGUUGCAGACUUCACUCCUCCAAGGCGGCUAAGGAUAGAGGAAAUUCCUCAAAUUGUCAAUGAUUUUAGGCUUGCUGCAAGGAAUGCUAUUGAAGCUGGCUUUGAUGGAGUAGAGAUCCAUGGGGCUCAUGGUUACCUAAUUGACCAGUUUAUGAAAGAUCAAGUGAAUGAUCGAACGGAUCGAUAUGGUGGAUCCCUUGAAAAUCGUUGCCGGUUUGCUCUGGAAAUAGUUGAAGCUGUUUCUAAUGAGAUAGGAGCGGACAGGGUUGGAAUAAGGCUAUCUCCUUUUGCAGACUACGUGCAAUGCGGAGACUCAAAUCCAGAAGCUUUGGGACUUUACAUGGCUGAAUCCUUAAACAAAUAUGAGAUUCUUUAUUGCCACAUGGUUGAGCCAAGAAUGAACACGGCUAGAGAAAAGAGUGAAAGUCCCCAUGGUCUUGUGCUAAUGAGAGAGGCUUUUAAGGGUAACUUUAUUGUUGCUGGGGGUUAUGACAGGGAAGAUGGGAGCAAAGCUAUUGCUGAAAACCAUGCAGAUCUUGUUGCUUAUGGUCGUCAUUUUCUAGCCAAUCCAGAUUUGCCUAAGAGAUUUAAGCUCAAUGCUCCACUCAACAAGUACAACAGAGAAACAUUCUAUACCUCUGACCCUGUCCUUGGAUACACUGAUUAUCCAUUCCUUGAAGACAUUGCUUAGGUUUUCAAGGAGGAGAGUGAAAAUAAAUUGUCCAAAAACAUUGCCCUAUGUAAUUCCUUUCUUGUUUUUAGUGUUUUCAUUGUACUGUACUAGUGCAACAAAAAGAUUUGAUAUAUCUAAAUAAUUUUGAAGUGGUUA